AUGCCGCCCACGGGCACCGGUGCUCUCUCCCUUGCUCUCGUCCUCCGCUCCGACCUCAACGUCGCAGCCGCCGCCGCAACAGCAGAAACCAACACAACCCUCCCACCCUGGCUUGCCCGCACGAAUCCGGACCCAAGUGAGUGGAAUGGCGCCUCUGUUAUUGCUGCCGCUGCCAUCUCAGCGACGCUAGCCACUACCUUCGUCGGCCUACGCUUCUACACACGCGCCCGUAUCCUUCGUUCCUUGAUGUGGGACGAUUGGUUCAUUCUUGCAUCGCUAUUCUUUGCCAUCGCCACCUGCGGCGGCAUGAUCGUCCAACUCAACUAUGGCCUUGGUGAACACCUUCGCUACGUUUGGUCCACCUUUCCUCUCUACGUCAAAACAGGCACCUUCACAAAUCUCCUUUACUCCUGUUCCCUCGCCCUGACGAAAAUCUCCAUCUUGCUUCUCUAUAUCCGCAUUCUGACAUAUGAGCUUGUCCGCCUUCUCGGCAAGAUCCUUUUGGGCGUCGUUAUCCUCUCCCACACAUGGAUCAUUGUCAGCAUCCUCACAACUUGUAUCCCCCUGAGCGCGGCGUGGGACACCAACCCCACCAGCCCGCCGCCGUACUGCCACCCGUUCUCCGUCUUUUGGGGAAAUGCCUGCCUGCACCUAGCUACCGACUUCCUGAUCUUCUUGCUGCCACUGCCUGUGAUCUCGAGCAUGCGUCUGCCCAUGCGGCAGAAGCUGGGGCUGUACUUUGUCUUUUGCUUCGCUUUCCUUGUUUGCGCCAUUUCCAUUGUCCGUCUAGUGCGCCUCUUCCAUACAGAUGAGACAGAGGAGCAGUUGCUAGAUGUAACCUGGUCCGCCGUCCGCAUCGCAAAUCUGACAGUCAUCGAAGUAAACGCGGCCAUCGUUGCCGCCUGCUUGACGACCCUGAAGCCCCUCGCCUGUCACAUCUUCCCUAGCCUCAAGCCCACCGCGGGCGCCUCCUCCUCCUCAUCAGCCUCCUUCACCAUCGCUGCGGCAGAAGACCGUCGCCGCAAGGACUUUGAGGAGAAUUUCUCAACAGGCGAGGACAGAGGCUACCAGCGCCCGCUCACUAUCGGCACGAAACGUGACCGGCCGCGCAUGUGGAGGGAUACUUUUGCAAGUCUCGUCGGCGACGUCAAGAUGGGGUCGACGGAGCAUCUCGAGGCUCCCACACCGACGAGCGCAACGCAACUCGCCGAAAAAACGGGCGGCGGCAGCGUCGGGGUCUCCGAAUUCAGACUGCCCGAAGUCCAGCCUCCUUCGCCAUUUGGCAGAUUUUCAAGCUGGACCAGAGGUUCGAGACUACAAGUGCCAAUGCACUUAAGGACCCCCAGCUCGAUGACGACGACUACGACGACCCGACAUGAACGUUAUGGGUCCGUCGAUCGCCAUGGCUCCCGCGUGCCGGGCCGUCAGAUAUUAUGA